AUGGCGUCUCGCCCCAAACGCUCAGCCGCUACCAAGGCGACUGAAAACAUCUCAGUGCAAUCGAAAUGGGCUGACAAUGAAAGGGUUGACAACAGUCCCGUUCCAUUCCGCCGCUCAGGACGCUCCGCUGUAUACCGCGACGCGCCUUCAUCCCCAGAGUCAGCUAGCAUGCCAUCCCGGUCCCGUCAGUCGGCCCGUGCAGGCCGCCGCUCUGAGCAGUUCGAUGGCGGCGAAAUCGUCACCGGCAAGCGUAACCGUGGUGCCAAGAAGAGCUAUGUUGUCGAUUCCAGUCCCGAAGAGGAUGAAGAGGACGAGUUGGAGGAUGAAGUGGAGGUCGAUCUUGACGAGGACGCCGAAGGCGAGGAUGAGGUGGACAUGGAUGCCGAGGGCGAGGAUCUUGACGCCGAUGGCGAUGUCGAUAUGGAUGCAGCGCCGCCUCCACGUCGCAACAAGGUAACCAGCAUCAAGGUGUCGCGCUCCGCUAAGCCUCGUACUACUGCCAGAGCAGCCGCGUCUCGCAUUGUCGCAGGCGACGACGAUGACGAUGACGAUGACGACGAGCUUAGUGAGCCAGAUAGUGACUUGGGAGAUGCGACCAUGGGCCUGGGAGAUGAGAAUAUGGCCGACGAGGAUGCCGAAGGAGAGGAGAUUGAGGUUGCCGGAGAUGGUGAGGAGGACGAGGAAGAGGACGAAGAGGACGAGGACGAGGACGAGGAGCAGGACGAAGAAGAGGAUGCCGAGGGCGAAGCAGAUAUCCAAGAGCUGGAAAGCGAUGAUGAUGGCAGCCGCGCUGGCACACCAGACCUCGCAAAAAUGACCAAGCGCCAGAGAGCCCGCUUUGAUGAGCAGCCGCAAGAAUACAUGAAGCUGUCGGACGGUGCGUGCCGAGACACCGAUGAUGCAUACGCAAAGCUAAUCAUAUUUACUGCAGAGGUACAAGCAAAAAAGGUUUUCACGGCAGAAGAACUGUCUAUGCGCCGCCAGGAAAUGGCCCGCCGUCGGCGAAAUCUGAGCGAGAAGCGUAAUGAAGAGGUCAAGAUGGAGACCAUCAACAAACUACUAAAGAAACAGGCGCCAAAGACGAGCAAAAAGGGCGCCCGUGGUAACUCACUUGAGGCCGAUGCUAAGCCGGCCGCAACUCUGAUUCGAUGGGUGAGUAACAAGGGAGGCAGUAAGAUUGCCGUGCCCGAGGAGAUCAUGGGGGGCCCGAUGGGCAAUGUGUUCGGGCUGGCGAGCAAGGGUAGCAACGGAACUAGGAUGGUGGAAGAGGUGGCGUAA